AUGAUUUACUUUUGCGUGGAACAAAGCGAAGUUAUUUCAGCGGAGAAGACGAUCUCAUUCACGUGCACAGCUUCUGUGUUGGGUUACUGCUUGCUUCCCAUGGCGCUUCUCAGCCUGGUUACAGCAGUGCUCUCGUUCAAGGGUGCAUUCGGAUAUUCGAUGUCAGCAUUGGCUGUUAUAUGGUGUAGCUCGUCGUCCUCGAAGCUAUUCGUUAUAGCUCUCCAUAUGAACCAACAACGCCUUCUAGUAGCGUAUCCAUGCGUUUUACUCUAUUCUGUUUUUGCACUGUUAGCCAUCUUCUGA